AUGCUUCUGGAAAUCGUAAUCGCAUUUCUUCUGGCACUCGCCAACGCUCGAGUACUGCAACUUUCGAGCGGCCACUACAACUUCACGAAUGUCGCCGUCGUAGCUGGAGACGAGCCGCGUCCUUUCUUUCUGCCUUAUCCUUUCGCCACCGAGGACUUCUAUGACAUAUGCAAAUGCAAAGGCCAGAACUUCUGGCGAGCCAUGCAUUCUCCGAGUGCAGACGCCGGCAAACUGUUCACGCCAGUCCGCGACUCUUCUGAGAGUGUUUACACCGACACAGCUGCCCUGACAACGUGGUCUUGGAAGGAUGCGACAGUGCCUGCAAUCAACUACAAGUUCGAUAAGGCGUGGGGCAUUGACCACGUCCUACGCGCCAUUGGCGUCUCCGACAAGGCCACAAAAGACGGAGGUAGCAUACAAGUCUUCAGAGUUGCCCAUGGCGACGCUGAUGCCGACGCUGGUAGCUUUGGGCCAACUCCAUACGAUAACCAGCCGCAGUACACGUCUGGCGGUCAGAGCUUCCGCGUCACAGGCAGCGAAUACACGUUUGGUUUUGACACCAGUGGAGUCCUUCUGGCGAUGAAUCGCAAGUCACCCCAAUACGCCGGCGGCCAGCGUAAACCCAAAGUCGAGGGCGACGGCCUACCAGACCUCCAAUCUUUCUCUGACAUCGCUUGGUUGAAGUGGAAAGCGACUACGGGUACUGAACCCUCUUCUUUGCGAUAUUUCGCUAGCAUCGCUAUCACCAACUUGGAAACAAGAGGCGUCUUUGCAAAGGUGUUGGACAAGGCCCAGUACAAGGAAGUCCCAGCGUGGCCCGGAUACGAUGUUGAUGCCAACACAGAUGAAGGUGCAGCUCUCAUGGGAACACCCAACGCGCUAGCCUUCAGCUAUAUUCUUGUACAGCACAAGGCCUCGCUUGGAAACCUUAAAAUCUCCAAGAUAACACUCUUCAAGAACAGCCUGAGAUUUGCUGAUGCAUGCAUGCUGUUUCAUGUCGAUCGAGUCGCGUUGCAGGAUAUGGAGGGUGCAGCUCAUGCUCGUUUGUAA